GCUGAGGUUUCCAUAUUCGUGACGAGUUGAAGCAUUAUAUAUAUUAUUGAUGAAAAGUACAUCGACGAUAAAAGAAAGUCUUAAAAGAAACAACACCAAUGCAAUAACCGUCUGAUAACAAGGUUCAUUUCUGAGGAUGCUGAGAGACUAGAGUCCCGUGACGUGACCUAACGAGUAGCACACAAUCAGGAAUCUGAUUGCGCACCAAGUUUUACUCUUAAAACUUCAUUCUACGAAGUCGACAUAUUGAUCAAGCAAUGCGAUGUUGUCGAUACUACGGAAAGCACGUCUGAAAGACAAAGAGAUGAGAAUAUUAAUGCUGGGCCUAGACAACGCGGGCAAAACCACGAUCGUCAAAAGAAUAAUGAACGAAGACGUCAAUACGGUCAGUCCGACGCUUGGCUUCAUCAUUAAGACAAUCGAAUACGAUGGAUACAAACUGAACAUAUGGGACGUCGGCGGCCAAAAGACCCUGCGAACAUAUUGGAAGAACUAUUUUGAAAAGACAGACACGCUCAUAUGGGUGGUGGAUGCAACGGAUCGCGAAAGAAUGGAGGAUUGCGCAACAGAACUGAAAGGCCUGCUCCAGGAAGAAAGAUUGACAGGCGCGAGUCUACUUGUCUUUAAGAACAAGAGCGACGUGCCAGGGGCCAUGACGGAGGAUGAAGUGCGAGAGAGCCUUCAACUUGACUCAAUCCAUACCCAUACCUGGAACAUCAUGGCAUGUAGCGCGAUAACGGGUCUCAAUCUCAAGGAAGGACUGGAGUGGGUGGUCAAAGAUGCGAAGGACAGACUGUUCUUAUUCUGAAAACGGUAGAUAACGCCAUAAUGUUGUCCCUUCAAGAAGGCGAUUGCAUAAUGGUUUUGUAAAUGCAUCUCACAGGUCGAAUGAUGAAUCUUUACGCCCA